CAUUGAAAGCUAAGAUCAAAGUAUAAAACUCAAACCCUAAUGCAUCGUCUGGCUCACACAUCCCAUCACCUGAGUUGAAACUUGAGACCGAUUAGAUUAAAGAGGCUUCUAACAAGAGGCCCCAGAACCCAAAUCCUAAUCUGAUCCGUUUGUGAUUAUGGCGUCUGAGAGCGCUUCUCGAUCGAGUUCCGCUGCCGAUUCCUACAUUGGGAGCUUGAUAAGCUUGACCUCUAAGAGUGAGAUCAGAUACGAAGGCAUUCUCUACAACAUCAACACUGAAGAGUCCAGUAUUGGCCUUAGAAACGUGCGAUCAUUUGGAACAGAAGGAAGGAAAAAGGAUGGCCCACAGAUUCCUCCUGGUGACAAAGUCUACGAGUAUAUACUUUUCCGUGGGACUGACAUCAAGGAUUUACAGGUUAAAUCUUCUCCACCUGUCCAGCCUACCCCACAAGUCAACAAUGACCCAGCUAUUAUUCAGUCUCACUAUCCUCGCCCAGUCACCACAUCUACAAGUUUGCCUUCUGCAGUAAGUGGGUCUUUGACUGAUCUUAGCUCUCAUAACCCCCAGCUUGGACAUCCUGGGUCAAAUUUUCAAGGGCCCUUGCCUUUGUAUCAACCUAACAUAGGAUCAUGGGGAGCUUCUCCAACUGCUCCAAAUACAAAUGGUGGUAGACUUGCUAUGCCAAUGUAUUGGCAAGGAUAUUAUGGUGCCCCAAACGGGCUUCCUCAUUUACACCAACAGUCUCUGCUUCAACCUCCACCUGGUUUAUCAAUGCCUUCAUCUAUGCAGCAGCCAAUGCAGUAUCCCAAUUUCAGUCCUUUACCUACUGUAUCUUCUAAUUUGCCAGAAUUACCAUCGUCUUUGCUACCUGUGAGUACUAAUAUCCCUAGUGUAACAUCUUCUUCAUUGCCUUCAGCACCAUCUACUUUGCCUCCUGCACCAUCUGCUUUGCCUCCUGCACCUUCUUCUUUGCCUCCUGCUCCUUCUGCUUUGCCCUCUGCACCUUCUACUUUGCCUCCUGCACCUUCUGCUUUGCCUCUUGCACCUUCUGCUUUACCACAUGCGUCUUCUGCGUUAUCUCCGGUGCCCUCUGCAACACUUGCUUCUGAAAUUUUACCAGUAUCAGUAACAAACAAGGCACCCAAUGUUUCAACUUCAGCAGUCAGUUUAGCUGCUAACAUACCAUCACUGACUUCCCUGACCAAUUCUGGUCCUGAUAUUAAUGCUUUCGUGCCACCAAUCUCCAAUAAACCAAAUGCAAUUUCAGGUUCAAGUUUGCCUUAUCAAACUGUAUCCCAGUUGUCUCCUGCUGUUGUUGGAUCAUCAACUUCUAUCCAUGCAGAACCAUCAGCUCCUUCUCUGAUAACCCCAGGUCAAUUGAUGCAACAUGGACCAACUACAGUUUCUUCAGCUCAGCCUUCGCAAGCAUCUCAUAAGGAUGUUGAAGUGGUUCAAGUAUCAUCACCAUCAUCUCCUGAGACAUCUCUUCCAGUUUCUGCUGCUAUUCAACCACCAAUUCUGCCUUUGCCAGUAACCUCACGGCCUAGUCACAGGCCGGGUGGUGUUCCUACCCAAUCUCAUCAUGGCUAUAGUUACAGAGGACGUGGAAGAGGAAGAGGAGCUGGGGGUUCGCGCCCAGUCACAAAAUUCACCGAAGAUUUUGAUUUCAUGGCAAUGAAUGAGAAGUUCAAUAAGGAUGAAGUUUGGGGUCAUCUUGGUAAAAAUAAGUCUCAUUCAAAAGACAAGGAUGGGGAAGGAAAUGCCUUUGAUGAAGAUUAUCAAGAAGAAGACGUUGAAGAUUUAUCAAACUUUGAGGUUAAGCCUAUUUAUAACAAGGAUGAUUUCUUUGAUUCACUCUCUUCCAAUGUGCAUGAUAAUGCUCCACAGAAUGGAAGGACUAGAUACUCUGAACAAAUCAAGAUUGAUACUGAGACAUUUGGGGAUUUUGUGAGACACCGGGGUGGCCGUGGGGGUCGAGGCCCCGGCCGUGGUGGACGUUCCCGGGGUGGUUAUUAUGGAAGAGGAGGAGGGUAUGGCUAUUCUGGACGAGGUAGGGGCCGUGGCAUGCCCAGUCGCAAUGUGUAGGUGGCAGUUAAUGUGUUUAGUGGUGGACAUGGUGGAGAACAAGAGAGUAGGAAGCCUCCCAUUACAACCGUAGUUAUGUUAGAGAUCAUGCUUCAUUGUUGUGUUGCCUGUUAUAUGUUUGUUUCACAAUAAGUAGACAUUUUUUUUCCUUGUCAUGUUACCCUCUUGUUACUGCCUACCCAAGUCCCUUUGGUUUGGUGGAAAAAUGUUACACCAUUUUAUCAAAGCUUAUAUGAUAUCAACAAAGCAGUAGUUUAGAUUAAUACAUUGCAGGAUUAUUGUAUGCAUGCAAGCCAUGUUCUUACUAUGAAAACUUGU